CGCCUGCACCUUCGACGCCCGGCACCUCUACACUAAGAAGGUGUGCGGCCACGGCUCCGUCCGCGCCGUCUCCUACAACAUCCUGGCCGACACGUACGCGCAGACGGAGUUCUCCCGCACCGUGCUCUACCCCUACUGCGCUCCCUACGCCCUGGAGAUUGACUACCGCCAGAACCUGCUCAAGAAGGAGCUGGCGGGCUACAGCGCCGAUCUCAUCUGCUUGCAAGAGGUGGAUAAAUCUGUCUUCGUGGACAGCUUGGCCCCGGCGCUGGAUGCUUUUGGACUGGAGGGGCUGUUCAAGAUCAAGGAGAAGCAGCACGAGGGCCUCGCCACUUUCUAUCGCAGGGACAAGUUCAGCCUCCUCAGCCAGCACGACAUCGCUUUCAGCGAAGCCCUGCUCUCAGAGCCGCUGCACAAGGAGCUGUGUGAGCAGCUGGCCAAGUACCCCCUGGUGCAGGAGAAGGUGCUGCAGAGAUCCUCUGUGCUGCAGGUUUCAGUUCUUCAGUCUACAACUGAUCCUGCCAGGAAACUUUGUGUAGCAAAUACCCACCUAUACUGGCACCCCAAAGGUGGGAACAUCCGUCUGAUCCAGGUUGCUGUGGCCAUGUCUCACAUCCAGCACGUAGCCUGUGACUUGUACCCCAGGAUCCCAGUCAUAUUCUGUGGAGAUUUUAAUAGCACACCCUCCUCAGGAGCCUACAGUUUUAUCAGCAGUGGUGGCAUUGCUGAAGAUCAUGAAGACUGGGUCUCAAAUGGGGAGGAAGAAAGGUGCAGUAUGACUCUAAGCCAUCCUUUCAAACUGCUAAGUGCUUGUGGAGAACCUGCUUACACAAACUACGUUGGUGGCUUUCACGGAUGUCUGGACUACAUUUUCAUUGACAGAAAUGCUCUAGAGGUGGAACAAGUUAUUCCAUUGCCAAGUCAUGAAGAAAUAACAACCCACCAGGCUUUGCCAAGUGUUUCACAUCCUUCUGAUCAUAUAGCACUUAUAUGUGACUUGAAGUGGAAAUAGAGUAGCUCUGGAAUGGUGCUUUUGGGGGUUUUUAAACAAGAAAUUUAAUUUAAUGUACUGCUGGGCAACUGAGGUUAGACCCUGACUUGUAUGCUACUAAAAGGAAGGCCAAAAUGAUUAAUGAAGAGUUCAUUUGUUUAAUGGCUCUACUGAGUAUUGUCACACUAUUCAGAAUGUUUGCAUGACAAUUUCCCCCUUUUUUACAUGCUAAUGGGAAAAAUACAUUGAAGACAGGGUUUUGAAAAUUGGAUUAUCAUAUACCUUUUUAGUGGUGUUUUUAAAGAAUUAAAAAUUAUUUUGUUUAAAAAAAGGAAUUUAAUGUGAUUUGUAAGACAGUCUACAAAUUGAACCCUGUUUAAUUCAGAAAUGAACACAGAACUGAAACUUAUGGAUUUAGUUGACUCCACUUUGAUUAAUAUAAUGGUAAUUUAAGUUCAUAAAUUGUCUUGUUCACUUACCAUUACUAUGGCACAACUUCUAGUAAGUUGCAUGAACAAUGUACUUGUACCUACCAACUUCUGAAAUGAUGUUCUUAAUUAUCAGUGAGUAGAUGUUGUCAAAAAUCAACCAUGUUAAAUUCAAGGCUAUAAUUGAUUUGGAAGCAAUUUGUCUGCCCACAUAACAUGGGUAAUGAGGAUAAUGUUAACACCUUGUGAAAUUGGACUACAUGAACAAACAAGCAUCUACUUUGAACAUAUGUUCCUUCUGGUUUGAGUCAUCAGCAAUAAAAGAUACUGGAGUUUAGGACAAGCAGCUUUGGAUGGGAGGGAGCUUUUUAUCAGUAUCAUCUGUUUUCAGGUGGGGAGAGAUACAGAACAAUGUGGUGCAUUAGUUAUCUGUGCCUAAAUCUUUACAAAGAAACACAAGUGACUUGCAAAACUUUAUCACAAUGGUUAUAUUUUGUUUUUCUCUUGCAUACAAAGACAACCUGAAUUUGUAGUGUUUUUACAUGCAUUUUUUCUUUCAAGGAAUAGCCUAGUUUGCCCUAUUUUGUCAGAUGCAGGGAAGUGUAUCCAUUCCUUCACAGAAUGUGUGGGAGUGGGUUCAGUCAUUUAACAAGCUUCUUGCCCUGCAUCAUUCAUCCAUGGGAAACAAAAAGCAUUUGGAAACCAUUCAUUUCCUUUUUCACCUAAUAAAACUCCCUUUAUCAAUUGUCUGUCA